AUGGAUAUGGGAGAUAGUAUGACCAUGGGCGGUGCCCCGUCAGAUUCUCCGCUGAAUGCUUCUGGCAUUGAUUUCUCAAAUGACACUCAAGCCUCCACGUUCCUGGGACAAAUUCUCGACGACGCCGAAUUUCAAAUCGACGGAAACAUGUAUGCGAGAAACUUCUGGUAUGGGGUUUGUGGAGUCAUUGCAAUAUGCGCCAUCUUCAACGUCCUGCAAAAGGCUACGUUCAACACAAGAAUGAGAGCUGCUGCUGCGAACACAACUCGGCCAGCUUCACCAUCCAAUUUCUUCUCGAGCUGUAUAGCUUGCAUAACAGCUAUCUCUCGAGAAGCAGGCUACGCCCAGUACACGCCACGGAAUAGUCGAUUCUUCAAGGUGCCACCGGUUGGGACCAUCGUACUUCUGGUUGUGUACUUAGCUUGGGUUAUUCUCCUGGAAUUUGUGAAUAACAACGUGGAAGGAGCACAGCACUUUACUUCCCUCGGAGUUAGAGCUGCGUGGCUAGCAGUUGCGCAAGUUCCACUGCUGAUAUUGUUGGCUGGCAAGAACAACCUCAUUGGACUAGCUACUGGUGUGUCCUACGAACGACUGAAUGUCAUCCACCGAUGGGUAUCGAGAGUCCUGCUCUUCCUCGUCACUCUACAUGUGAUCUUCCUACACCUCUCAUGGAAUGCUUACGACUUGGGACCCCUUGAAUAUUCAACGGAUUCUUGCAUUCCCACAGGUUGGGCAACAUAUGCAAUCCUCAUCUGGAUGAAUAUUAGCACUGUUGCCCCUAUUCGUAACUUCUCUUACGAGUUUUUUGUCGUUCAGCAUAUCCUUACCUUCUUCGGCUUCAUCAUCGCGGUAAUGAUGCAUCUACCGUCCACAGCUCUCUAUAGCAGAGUAUAUAUCUACAUACCAAUCGCUCUCUACCUCCUAGAUAGGCUCGCUCGGUCUGGUAGAUACGCCUGGAAUAACAUCCGUCCAGGACGUGCGACGUUGACAGCGCUAGAAGGAGGUGUAACAAGAGUACGGAUUCAAAGCAAAGCCGUCAAGAACUGGGCCCCCGGGUCCCACGUCUUCCUCUCAAUACCUAAAUUCGGCAUUGGACAGUCCCAUCCGGCCACUAUCGCUUCGACACCCGACUCACACGGAGGAGACUUGGUCUUCAUCCUCAAAAGCCACAAAGGAUUCACAUCCCGUCUUCUCAACUCCACCUCCAACUCUAGCACGUCGCUCCUUCCAACCGAAGAAGCAUCCCGCACAGAAGAUUCCCACAUGGCACUCAUCGAUGGCCCAUACGGAAACUCGCACUCGGACUUUGCAGGCUUCGACAGCAUCCUUCUGAUCUCCGGCUCCACAGGAACAUCUUUCACCCUCCCCAUCCUCCUCGAUAUCUCCCGUCGCGCCCAGCAGGCCAAACUCCCACUCAAACGCAUCACGUUCCUCUGGAUUGUCAAGAACACCUCUUGGACUGCAUGGACAGCAUCAGAGCUCACCACAGCAGCCGACGCUCUCUACGCCGCUGGUAUCGAAAUCGAUAUCCGCAUCCACGUCACAUGCGAUGAGAAUUUCACCAACGGUGACACUGGAGAUGAAAACAAGGAAUGCGGAUGCGCAUGCGACAAGAGCGCCGGUCCUUGCUGCUGCGUCCAAGUCCCCGAAGAUGGCGACAGUAUUCAAGAAGUCGACGAGAAAACCGUCGUCCCCGCCGAAGGAAAAAAGGACGACGCCCAAGUCAACAUCCAAUCUCGGUCCGAGUCUCUCUCUUCCGGCACGAAGUCCAAGAUCUUGCCAUGUGCUACAUUCCACAGCGGCCGCCCGGAGUUCUACGACUUGUUGUGGGAUAUCUUGGAGAACGCCGAGGGAGAGACGGGAGUAGCUGUGUGUGGACCCCUGGGGUUGAACGCGGAUGUUCGGAGGACAGUCGUUAGAUGUAGUGAUGAGCGUGCUGUGCACAAGGGGACUGGAGCCCAGGGCAUCUAUCUACACGCCGAGUGUUUUGGAUGGUAA